UAUAAAUCAUUUUUCUCGCGAGUCAUGUUACUUGUUUCUCGUUUCCAUACUACUUGGAAUAUAAUGCAUGGGGAGUUGCAGCGAGAGCUCAGAUGUUUUAGAGGGUCGGUGGAAAUAUUCAAGCCUUGGGAUCAGUCCAACUUCACAAGCAGAAGAUAAGAAGCAGCUUCUUCUUGCUGCCUCAGCUGCAGCGAAGGCGGCGGCAGCAGCAGCGGCUUCAAAUCCUUCCUCUUCUCGCUCCUUCACCGAUCUGCCAUGCCCCUUACCGUUGGCUGAAGUCCAGGAGAACCUCAAUUUGGUGAACAAGGAUCAAGCAGCUUCACAUGCAAACAAUACUAAUACUAAUGGUGGAGCAAUUACGGCUCGUACGUCACCAUCAUUGUUAUCCAUAUGGGAAAAUAUGAUGCGCAAGAAAUCUUCACCUAAUUCCAACCCUCCUCUAAAUAACAAUCAAAAUGUUCACUCAUCCACGGGUGACAUCGGUCGUAGCCCAAUGUUUCAAGUUGGAAACUACUCAUCAUCAACCAGUGCUGCUCCUCCCCCUACUGCUACUAACCUUCUCAACCUGCCGCCACCGCUGCCACAGGGAGAUUACGGAUCUAGGUGGAACAUCCCCACAUUACCAGCAAAUGCUAGCAACUGCAGCGGCAGCAUCAACAACCGUUAUCAUCCGCUAGUGAGCAACAACAACAGUAACACCGCCACUGCCACAAACAACACCAGUUAUCAUUCGCUAGCAAGCAGUAGCGACAGUCACAACACCACCACCACCAACAACAAAUGUUAUCUUCCGCUAAUAAGCAGCAAUAGUACCAACAACAACGCCAUCUACAACAACACCAACCAAUAUCAUCCGCUAGUAAGCAGCAACAGUAACAACAACACAACCAACACCAACCGGUAUUAUCCGCUAGUAAGCAGCAACAGUGACAAUGACAAAAAUAGUUUUCUUUUACCAGUCAGCAACAACAUCGUUGGUGCAAAUCCACUACAAGGUGGUGUUGCUAUUCAACCCUCAUAUGCACCUCCGAACCCUAAUGCUUACCUCACAUCUGCUGCUACUUCUGCUUGCAACAUCCCCACAGCGGGACAAGGACAGGACAAAGUGCUUAGUGUGAACUUCAACAAUGAGAGUAGAAGACAGCUUGAGCCAAC